GGAAAAUAACGCGUUCAGGAUAGUAUACAGUUAGCAAUGGAGCAGCCAGAAAAACUACACUGGAGGCCGCCCCGGGCCUGUGAUGACUAUUGGAGUGAAUUCAGGCACUGCAAGAGUUUGUGGAACCGUUUCCACAACUACUACACUUACGGUACCUCCCCAUCCUGCCGUCAGUGGAAAGAGGACUACAACAGCUGCAAAGAGUGGGAGAAAUACAAAAACACUGAGGCCAAGGAAGCAUUGCAGAAUAGUGAAAGGGACAGAGUGGCAGAGCAGAGGAAGUUCACCCCCGUGUGGCAGCUGAGGCAAGACCCUCCCAGAGACUGGCACCUUCCCCUGAACCAAGAAAAACCUCAGGACUCUUGAACCGUCACACUUUAUCCUGCCGUCUUUGCUCCGUGGCGGCCAAAGCAAAAUUAAACGGAGAUUCAGGAUGUACUGUAUUUCACUUCAUGGACAUAACUAAACCCUGAAGAGCCACAUGUACUCGAGAGAGACUGGUCGACACUCGCGGCCUUCUCAAGCUGUACUCAGAUCUGUGUAAAGUAAUAAAAAGUGGUGAAAGCAUCCAGUGGCCAGACAUGAAGAUGACAGCCGCUUUUCAUCCAGUGAAUUACAGGAUGGUCUCUGUGAAGGAAGUGUUGUUCCAGUCAUAAACUAUUUAACUCUUCAUUGUUUGUGUAGACUGAAGCACAGACUGCACUGUGCCUAAAUGUUUUGGGUAAAGAAGAAGCUAUACUGGGUCGAGUCAUGUGAUUAAUAAAUUCCAUAAUUCAUCCA